UCACCGGAGUGAUACCUCCCUUUCGCGUCUCUCGCGAUGGUUUCGACAAACGGCGUCAGAGCGGCGACUCUGUCUUCAUUUCGCGUCUUUGUGUUGACACGUCAUCGAAAGUCCACAACAUCCAAGAUGGCGGCGUCGGUUCGUGACAAGCAGACGGUGGCUCUGAGGCGCAUGUUGAACUUCAACACUCCUCCCGUGAAGAACGCCGCAUCCGAGCCAGUAUGGAAGGUGUUGAUCUACGACCGCUUCGGUCAGGACAUCAUCUCGCCUCUGCUGUCCGUCAAAGAGCUGCGAGACAUGGGCAUCACGCUGCACCUGUUGCUCCACUCUGAUCGCGAUCCCAUUCCCGACGUGCCGGCCAUCUACUUUGUCAUGCCCUCGGAGGAGAACAUCGACCGCAUGUGUCAGGACCUGAGGAACCAACUGUACGAAUCUUACUACCUCAACUUCAUCUCGGCCAUCAGUCGAAGCAAACUGGAGGACAUCGCCGGCGCCGCCUUGGCCGCCAACGCCGUCAGCCACAUCGCCAAGGUGUACGAUCAAUACCUGAACUUCAUCACGCUGGAGGACGACCUGUUUGUUCUGUGCCAUCAAAACAAGGAGCUCAUCUCCUACCACGCCAUCAACAGGGGAGACAUGCAGGACACCGACAUGGAGGCCAUCAUGGACACCAUCGUGGACAGUCUCUUCUGCUUCUUCGUCACGCUGGGUGCCGUGCCCAUCAUCCGUUGUCCCCGCGGCAACGCGGCCGAGAUGGUCGCCGCGAAGCUGGACAAGAAGCUGCGGGAAAACCUGCGCGACGCCAGGAACAGCCUGUUCACGGGAGACAACAUGGCCUCCGGCCAGUUCAGCUUCCAGAGGCCCCUGUUCGUGCUGGCCGACCGCAACAUGGACAUGGCCACGCCCCUUCACCACACGUGGACCUACCAGGCGCUCAUCCACGACGUCAUGGACUUGCACCUCAACAGGGUGAUGCUGGAGGAGGGCGCGGGGGCGGAGGCCUCCCCCGCCGGCGCCAGGCCCAAGAAGAAGAGCCGACGCACCUACGACCUGACGGCCGCCGACAAGUUCUGGCAGAGACACAAGGGCAGUCCCUUCCCGGAGGUGGCCGAGUCGGUCCAGGAGGAGCUGGACGCGUACCGGGCGCAGGAGGACGAGGUCAAACGUCUGAAGAGCAUCAUGGGCCUGGAGGGCGAGGACGAGGGCGCCAUCAGCAUGCUGUCCGACAACACCGCCAAGCUCACCUCCGCCGUCAGUUCCCUGCCCGAGCUGCUGGAGAAGAAACGCCUGAUCGACCUGCACACCAACGUGGCCACGGCGGUGCUGGACCACAUCAAGAGCCGAAAACUGGACGUCUAUUUUGAGUAUGAAGAGAAACUGAUGAGCAAGUCGACCUUGGACAAAUCUCUACUGGACAUCAUCAGCGACCCGGACGCGGGGACUCCAGAAGACAAGAUGCGCCUCUUCCUCAUCUUCUACAUCACAGCUCCGCAGCCUCCUUCAGAGUCGGACUUGGAGCAGUAUCAGACGGCCCUGCUGGACGCCGGCUGCGACCUGUCGCCCCUGGCCUACAUCAAACAGUGGAAGGCCUUCACCAAGAUGGCCGCCACCCCCGCCAACUACGGCAACAGCGGAGUGAAGCCCAUGGGUCUGUUUUCCCGAGUGAUGAAUAGCGGCUCUCAGCUGGUGAUGGAGGGAGUGAAGAACUUGGUGCUCAAGCAGCACAACCUUCCAGUCACCCGAGUGCUCGACAAUCUGAUGGAGAUGAAGUCGCACGCUGAAACGGACGACUAUCGCUACUUUGACCCCAAGAUGCUGCGCGGCAGCGACAGCUCCAUUCCCAGGAACAAGAACCCUUUUCAGGAGGCCAUCGUCUUUGUGGUGGGCGGAGGAAACUACAUCGAGUACCAGAACUUGGUGGACUACACAAAAUCGAGAGCAGGCAAGAAGGUGAUUUACGGCUGCAGCGAACUGUUCAACGCGUCGCAAUUCAUCAAACAGCUCUCCCAGUUGGGGCAAAAGUGAGACCGGCGACAUGGAAGAAGAACAUUUUCUACGUGUGAGGAUGAACGCUGCAGAGAAAUGACGGAUGGAUGCUUUCUGUCAGCGUAAAAACAAACGAACUUGACCAAACUUUUUUUGGGGGGGGGGCAGGGGGGACUCUGUAUGCUUUGAAAUGAUAUGAUGUAAGUGAGGAACCCCCAUCUGUCAAUCAAGAAGCACCCUUCCCCCUUUCUGCGAUUGACCAACAUGUCAAAAUAAAAGAACCUUGAGCCACA